CCUCAGCCUGAGCAAGGCAGGUACGGUAGGUACGCUGAGAGUCAGACCUGCUCAUGAGCUGGAGGUUUUGCGUUUGUUGGACCUUGAUCACCUGCUUCUGUCCAGCUUUUCCCCCUGUUUUACCAUCCUGCCUUAUCAUACCCUCAUUGUGUGCAUCGCUUUGGUAAGCGUCAUUCUAUCAGCUACUUCGACAUACGACCAUUUGUCCACGCAAUGCAGAUCACCAGUUAUGCAUGCGCACCGCGAUCCGGGGAGUUCCGCAGGGCAAUCCCAGAACGACCUUAAAAACCCCGGCGAUGAUGACGAUCUAUUUUCUGAGAGCUCAAAGUCUGAUUCCUUUCUAAGCCGACCGUUCAGGCGUGCGGGGCUUCAGAAGUCUCUGGAAACAGCGUGGCAGCUAUCAGGCCUGCUUCCAGUUUCAAUGUCUGGAAACAGGGAUCCAAAUGCAGCUGCUAAUGGGGGGGGCAUUCCUCGCCCAAGAAGCUCACUCUCUCAGACCCCGGAGGAGAUUGCGAGGGCUGCCGCCGCAGUCAGACCGCCACCGAGCAUUGUGGUCUCCGCAAAGCAACCUUCCAAGCUGAAGCGAAAGAUUGGGGGGUUUUGGGGACGGGGCAAAGGCACCGGGUCAUUAAGGAAGGGCACAUUCAACCCUGAGGAGCUGACCAGUCAGAAGCGCCAGUGGGCGAAGUUGCAAAAACAAGGCCUGGAAGCUCGGCACCGGGGGGAACCGACGCACUUGUUCGAGCACUUUGUGGUGGUUGGGCUCCCCCCCACCGCAAACGUGGCUGCGACGGAAGCCGCAUUCGCAGCCAAGAAAGCGGCAGAAAGGGCGGUCGAAAGGGCGGAAAAGCUGGGCGACGAGGAUGGGUACACAAUGUAUAAGGGCGCGGCCGGCACCAGCCUCCAGCCGGAGGUCCUGUUCAAGUACCCUCCUGGCAAGCGCUUGGCUCUCAAGGACCUCCCGGGUUUCUGCUUCCCAAACGGAGUGCAGGCGCGGGUGAUGGAGCGCACCCCUUCGAUGAGCGAACUAAAUGAGGUGAUCUACGGCCAGAGCUACCAGAAGAAGGACGACCAGUCCUUUGUCUUCCUGCUCAAGGUCGCAGACAACGUCACGCUGUAUGGGGUCUGCGUCCUGGUCCACGAAAUGGUGCAGCGGCCCCCGGGGGUGCUCGCAAUGUCGAUGGCGUUCAGUCCUGCGCCCCCGACCCCCCUCAGCAAGUACCUCGUCUCGGCGCCUCGCUGCUACUGCAUCCUGACACAAUACCCCUUCUUCGACCUCCACUUUGAGGUCUUGUACAACGUCUUGGCCCAGGAGCGCCUCGACCGCAUCACCGCGUGCGUCAGCGAAAUGGUCGUCGACGUCUCCUCCCCCAUGGUCAAAGUCAGCAGCCGCCAGCGCAUGGCGUCACCCCCUCGGGGGCCGAACUCCGAAGACGACCCCAACGAGUGGAUGGACAGCGCGAUCCCCGUUGACGAGGUUCUGGGAAACACGCUGACAAGCCAAGGGUUCAGGAUCGAGGAUCGGCCGAGAAGUCCCUCUCGAAGCUUGCCGGCGAGUCCUGUCCGGUCGCCGAAGGGGGAUGGACCUAGUGCGGGGGGCGGUUUCAAAGCGCCUCUGAGCGCAGAUAAAGAACAGGGGAAAACUGAGGGGGGCCGCUCCACUGCAGGGGGGGUUUCAGAAGGUACUGUUGUAGGCGAAAGCAAGGGGGGCGAAACGAGGGAGAGCGGAGAGCGGGAGUACCGAACUUCGAGGCUGGGGGACGAGCGGUUGAGUCGCGCAGAGGAGCACGGAAACGGUGCAGCGAUGGAGGCGAACCGUUCGGAAGAGAGCACAAGCGUUGCGGCGAGGGGGGAGGAUGAGGGGCUUCAAACGAUGCCGUCGUUGGUGGGAAUGGUGAGCGUGGACCUGAGCGAUGGAAUUCCGGUCGAGGACACCGGAAUUCCGGUCGGGCCAGGUGCGGACGGGAUAGAGGUGUUACGGCAGGGCCUUCAGGAAGGCGCAGAGGCCGCAGCUCCGUCGAUUCCGCCGACGGUUCCGGAAGAAAGACCACUGGAGGUGAACGGAAAGGAUGGGGAGAGCGGAGAACUAGACGGACGGGUUUCGUUGGCGAAUGAAAACGCUGACGAUCAGGAAGCUAGAGGAGCGGCCAAUGACGAGGAUGGGGUGGGGGGCAGCGAAGAAGCGAGCACUUCCGGAAGGGGGGGCGCCACCGAGCCUGGCCAAUACAAGACCAAGCGACCGCCCGCUAUAGCGGUCAGCGUUCCGGCCCCAAUCCCGCACCCGGAGCUUGGAACGGAACCGGACACGAUUGACAAAAACGGAAGCGCCGAAGCUGCAGAGAUAGGUGGGCACGUCUCGAAAGGCUUGUCGGAAGCACCAAACGGAAAGUCGGGGGAGGAACUCGACGGAGCGCACAUCCCAGACGCCCGAAUAGAGAGUGCGCCUUCGUUCGGGAGCGAGGCGUUUGCGUUGCAUCCGGAGGCGACGCCUUCGACCACGGCGUCAGCACGGCCGUCGGCGCAUCAUACCCGGAUGAACAGCGUGGAUUCUGCUUACAGUGUUGACGGAGCGUCCACGAACGUCAGCAUUGACGGCAGCACGGAGGCGGACGAAGAGUCCAGCCCCUUCAACGAGGACAGUGACUUUGGUGUGGCCGCCGCACUCGCCUGGGCCGAGGCAAAUGGGAACGACUCCCUCCGUAUUGUGUGCGACUAUCAUAAGCUGGAGGUGCCGCCCCGGGGCGGAUCAGUGGUGUUUCAGCUGUUGGAUCAUUUGCAGCCGCUCGCUUAUGAACGGCCGGCGGUGAUCCCAGCGAGUCUGACGGGGGGCCGGCAUAUCGAUCUGGCGCUGUGCAAGUCGAAAGUCGAGUUGAUCGAGGCUCAAGCGGCGCUAGCGUCCGGCGAGGAGGCCCUUGCCGUGUCCGUUUGGUCCGUAGCUACCCUAUGCCGGGCGCUGUCCCUCGAGAACGUGAUGUCGAUGCUCGUCAGCGCGCUGCUCGAGAAGCAGAUUGUGGUCAUCUGUCCGAACCUGGGCGUUCUAUCGGCCAUCGUAUUGUCCAUCGUCCCACUGCUGCGGCCCUUCAUGUGGCAGUGCCUCCUGUUGCCCGUGCUCCCCGCGGACCUCCUAGUCUUCCUCGAGGCCCCCGUCCCCUUCCUGAUUGGUUUGCAGCACAAGACGGCCGAGGUGCGGUCUAAGAUUGCGCCACUGAUCCGAGUCAAUGUAUAUAAAAACAAGGUAAAGAUGACCAGCACGGUCCCCCCCAUCCCGAAGGCCAAGCAGCUAGCAGCUGCCUUGGAACCCUUCCAUGCAAAGCUCGCCGCGACGGCGGGGGAGUCGAGGCGCCGCCCCGCAUUCAAGACCACUGAGGCUCAGGCCAAAGCCGUGGAAGGUUUUUUGGCCGUGUUGCGCGGGUAUUUGGAGUCGUUGUGCAGCGACCUGCGCGCGCACACGAUUACGGACGUGGGCGCGUCGGGCGACCGAGUGUCACUUCUCCUCAAGGACAGCUUCAUAGACUCGUUUUCGCACAAGGACCGGCCGUUCAUCAAGGUCUUUGUAGAAACACAGAUGUUUUCCAUGUACACCGACGGCGUGCUCUCCGCUCAAGAUAGAUAAGAGCGCUUGAAUACUGAGGAUUUAUUUGAACUAUAGCACAUACUGAAUGGACUAGCCGACUCUGGUUUCUUUGCGGCUGGUGCUUGCAACUCAGAGAACGUGGGAAACCAUUGACAUUGACGUUGGCUCCAAAUAGCAAACUAGACCUGGUGCAGAGCCGUGAAUGGUAUUGUUGUCAAUGGUAUUGCCGUCAAUCGUAUUGUUGUCAAUGUAAGACGUGAGGGUAUUGGC